ACGCCCCUCCUCUUUGCCCUAUGGUUCUCUUUUCUGCUGCUCUCUUCAAAAUUACGGACACUUCAAAGCCACAGUCAUACGCACAACGAUGAACCAAGCGCUGAUAAAAGCUUUCCUUCUCUGCAGCCUCAGUUGGAUCUCUGUCUCAGGUUCUGAGUCUCAGACUGUGGAGGUCCAGUCUGGUGAAGAUGUCACACUGAUGUGCUCUGGCAUGGACGAAAAUUUAAAAGUCAGAUAUUGGCUGAAAGUUGUCAAAGGAGCCGACAUCCAGUGUGUCUCUGCUAUGACCAAUCCUACCAGCACAGUGCGCUAUCAUGAUGGAUUCAGUAAUCAUACAUUCACUAUGUCGUCCAACACCUCUACCAUCUUUCUCAAAGUCCGUUCAGUGGACUUAAACAAGUCUGGAAUUUAUUACUGUGGAUUUAACAAAGAUGGACAUCCAUUUCUUACUACGAUACAUCUAAAGAUCAAAGGAAGCAACGAGGCAGAUGAAGACAUGGACAGAACGGACAGUAACCUUUCAAAGUGUGAUGGAGCAGCGACUCUGGUGAGCAUGAUCCUGGGUGGUUUGACUCUUUUGCUUGUCAUGGUUGUCAUCGGUCUGGGUGCUAAAAUUAGGAAACUUCAGACAGCUGCUGAAGAAAGACAGAAUCCAGGACACACUGAGAUUGAGGCCUCUGAUGAACUGAACUACGCAGCAGUGACAUUUCGAUCUAAAGCCAAAAGAAGAGAGCCGGAGCCAAAUGUCUUGUAUGGUGCUACCAGAUAGAGUAAGGAGGUGGCUGGACAUGAUCUUGUAUCAUAUAGUAUUACAAUGCUUUGUACUUUUGCAUGGCUUGUUGGUGAGAGUUAACCAAUCUGUGCUUUCAAAUAAAGAACUGAUUGAUGAUCUGCAAAGA